AUGGGAGCAGCUGUUCAGGAGAUUGUCCUUGUGGUGUUCUUCGGAGUGGAAUAUUUUGUCCGUCUUUGGUCAGCAGGCUGCCGCAGUAAAUAUGUUGGCAUCUGGGGACGACUACGCUUUGCCAGGAAGCCAAUAUCUAUUAUAGAUCUGAUUGUAGUCGUUGCCUCGAUAAUUGUGCUGUCAGUGGGCUCCAAAGGCCAGGUGUUUGCUACCUCUGCUGUAAGAGGUAUUCGUUUCCUGCAGAUUCUGCGUAUGCUACACGUUGACAGGCAGGGAGGGACCUGGCGUCUCCUCGGGUCUGUCGUCUUCAUCCAUCGACAGGAGCUGAUCACAACCCUGUACAUUGGAUUCUUGAGCCUGAUCUUCUCCUCAUACUUUGUCUAUCUGGCAGAGAAAGACACUCUCGACAGCAGAGGCUCCCUUGAGUUUGGAAAUUAUGCCGAUGCUUUGUGGUGGGGAGUGGGAAUUUUAGGCUCCGGCUUUGCCCUGAAGGUGCAGCAGAAGCAAAGGCAAAAACACUUCAACAGACAGAUCCCUGCAGCUGCCUGUCUCAUACAGACAUCAUGGAGAUGUUUUGCUGUGGAGAACUUUGAUUCUGCCACGUUCAAGCUGUUCUUAAGAAAGAAAUGCCAUCUUCCUGCCUCAUCUCUGUCCAGCCCUAAGCUCAAAAAAUCGGUGAAGAUGAGGAGGAAAUUGAAGAGUACUGACAAGGACAAUGGUCCAACUUCUCCCACAGUACCCAGCAUCACCUGCGACUCUGUGUUCGACAGCGGGAGGGAGUUAAGUUCAGAUGUUAACAGCACUGUUGGCACAGGACCUCAGGCACUGGGAGGAUGUGAUCGUCAGCAGUCGUGGACGUCUUUGUUUUCCCUUCAGCUCAGCUCGUCACCUCCAGUGAAAAGAAGCCAUGCCCUUUUGGAUUCCCAGCCCCCCACCCCACUACAGAGGAACAGCAGCUAUGCCGAAGACCUCGAGCUGGAGUCGGAGCGAGAGAGUGAACUGGCUUCUGCCAGCUCAGUGUCACAACUGACAGAGUCACAUCGGCAAGCCAUCCGUGUUAUUCAGAGAAUGCGUUAUUUUGUGGCCAGGAGAAAUUUUCAGCAAGCUCGCAAGCCGUACGAGGUGCGAGACGUUAUCGAGCAGUAUUCUCAGGGAAACCUCAACCUCAUGGUGCGCAUCAAGGAGCUUCAAAGAAGACUAGACCAGUCUUUAGGGAAGAUGACUUUGUUCCAGGCAGGUUCAGACCGAGCCAGAGACAAAGGAAACAAUUCUAUUGGAUCUAGACUCGACAGGAUGGAAGAGAAGAUUACUCAGAUGGACCAAACUCUGAACCGCAUCGCCGAGACUCUCGCAUCGCUGCUGGACCAGAAGGAUGUUGGAGACGACGAAAGCAGAGGCAGGCUGAGACCUCGGCUCAGACGAACAUGUAAUGUCCUCCCCAGCCAGGACAGCCUGCCAGGCUACGAUCAGCUGUCCCCACCCCCCUCAUCCUUCUCCUCCUCCAACAACACGAGCAUGCUUUGUCCCAACCCUCCACUCAGCUCCACCGCCAGUCAGGAUGAGAGCUGCUGA